UCUUAGUCGUUCUUAGUCUUGAUUAAGCAUUCGAAUUGGGUUCAUUACUGAUUGGAGCAUGCCACACAUAAUAUUUUUGUUCGUCGUAACAAUCGGGCUUCUCACUCAAAAUGUCUCAUCCCGAGCGGUUCCCGAUCACAGACCGCGAACAGAUCAAGCGAUUCGCCAAGCUGGAUUGCUCGAAAAUUACCUCUUUCCAAACUCCGUCGAGCUGAUCCUGGAGUCAUUUUACCUUGAUCACUGGGGCGUUCAGCUGUUCACCGAGCUCAACCGAACUCGGUACUUGUCCCUGCUGUACGGAAGCAUUCCAGCCGUCACGUUCGAAUCACCCAUUCUGGAGACCUUCUCGGUGGUGCAAACAAACACUUCCUCCUUCGAGGUCAGUCCCGUGCGUAAUUCCGUCCUAAAGACGCUGCAGAUCACCCGGAACAAACUGGCUACGAUCUCGCCCAGCAUUCGCCAACUCUCCGGAUUGACCACGCUGGACCUAUCCCAAAACGAGCUGGAGUAUGUGGAUCUGGACCUGUUUGCCGGCAUGAAAAGCUUGAAGAACCUGGACCUGUCGGUCAACCAGAUCAGCUCCGUCGACGCGUCGCCGGCACUUCAGCUGGGCAGACUGAGGAACCUCUGGGUCAGCUACAACCGGCUGCAGCGGUUCGAGGUGUUCCCGGGGGCCUUCCCGGCGCUGGAUACGGUGCGACUGAUCGGGAAUCGCUGGAGCUGUGGAUGGGUAGAUGGCGCCCGGCGGGACAUUAUGGAUCGACGGAUUACGGCGUUCGGAGUGGAUUACGGUUGUAGCGAGAGUCGUCAGGGCGGGUUGUGUUGUUAUAAUACGGAGGUGACAACGACGGAGGGAGGUGAAUUGUUGAGGGAGGGACCGUUGCUGGAGGAGAUUCAAAAGUUGACCAGCGAGUUGGGAGUGAAGCCGCUGGAUACGAGUGGGGAUCAGUCGCUGGAGCUGUUGACGAGGAGCAGUGGCAAUGGCCAGGAGAAGAUCCUGGUAGGAGUGAAGCAUGAUCAGGUGAAGGUAUUUUUUUAAUGCGAUUCAAAAAUAGAAUUAAUAUUGCAAUAGUUUAAGCACAUGUAUUUUUAAUUAAUUCAAAAACAGAUGAGAUACUAAUAUGAGAGGGAAAAUAAAUAACAUAUCGAUACAC